CGUUAAAGUCUGGACUACAACAAUCAUGCCGUUCAGGAAUGCUUGUCGUCUCUUUGUGGGUGUCAUCAUUUACAUCUCAGGUGUUAAUGGAGGAGAAACCAGGAUCUGUGCUCUCAAAGGUUCAUCGGUGGAUCUGCACUGCUCACAUCAACAUCUGACUUCAAGCACCAAAUGGUUCACUAUCCAAUGGAAGGGAAAUUAUGUUCAGAGUGAGCUCUCUGUGGAUGGACAACGUGUAACGUACAACAUGUCUGAAGAGAAAAACACAACUUUAACCAUCAGUGAUCUAAGAGAGAGUGAUGCAAACGCUUACUGCUGUAUGAAGACUACAGACAGUCCACAACUCUGUUGGCUCAACAGAAUUAGUCUUCAAGUAGUUGCAGGGCUGCAGGUAAAGGUGAUUCCUGCCACAGAGGGACAGACAGUAACACUGAUGUGCAGCAGCAGCUGUCCUCUGACUGAAAAGCCUGCAGCCUACAUCUGGUACAAGAACAGAGAGUUUCUCUAUGAGGACUGGUCUCCCUGGUACCAAGAGCUGCUCAGCAGUGAGGAAGCAGUCACAUACUCCUGUGCUGUCAAAGGCUACGAGGAUCUCAGAGCCCCUGAAGUCUCUGUGGAUUCCAUCACAGAGACCUGCUUCAGUGUUACUUAUGCAUAUGGAGACAUGUGUUCUUAUAAACAGACAUCAGUGGAUGAGCCGUGCUCCAUCACAUAUCCCAGAGGUCGUGUGGCGUAUCAGGACAACAUGAAGAACAAACACAUCCUGACCAUCAACAACCUGAAGAAGAAUGACUCAGGAGGAUACACAUUCAAAUACAAGAGAGAUCAUGAAGGAUGGACGCAGUCUGAUCUGCCUGGAGUCUUUUUGAUUGUCACAGAGCUGAGAGUGAAGAUGAAUCCUUCUGCAGUGGUGACAGAGGGUCAGAGAGUCACACUGACCUGCAGUACCAGCUGUCCUCUGACUGACAACACAAACUACAUUUGGUACUUGAACAGUCGACCUCUGACCCCGAGAGAGAACCAGAAUAAACAUCUGAUCCUAGACCCAGUCAGCAGGGAGGAUGCAGGAAGCUACUCCUGUGCUGUGAAAACCAACAAAGAUAUCAGCUCUGCUCCAAAGACUCUCACUGUCCAAAGUAUCACAGGAACAUGGACACCAGCAGCUGCAGGAGUUUCUGCUGCUCUGCUGCUUUUAAUACUUCUCACUGUCUGCUGGUGCAGGAGAAAAAAGAGGACUUCCAGUCAGUCUCCAAGACGAGAAACAUCAGAUAAUAAACAGAUGCACCCUGGUCCCAUUUGUGAAAACAUCUCAGCUCAUUACAGCAGAAUGCAGGUUAAUAUUAAACAUCAACAAGAUUUCUAUUAUGAAGAAGCUGAUCUUCAUGCCAGCGAAGCUGAUCUCUAUGCCAAUGCAGCUGAGCUCUAUGCCAAGGAAGCAGAACUCAACGAAAUUGAAACUAAUAUCUACUGCAGCAUCGAAUCAUUGUGAUAAAAAAAUCAUUUAAAGGGAGCAUUCACUGAUUGGGAUAAUAAUGAACUAACACAGGAGGGACACCACAACUGAUAAGUAGAGAGUAAAAAUCAUACAUCAUAGUGGAAAAUAAAAUACAAGAGUAAGAAAAGUAGUAGUGUGUAGAAAAAUAGAAAUGCUGCUGCUGCUGAAAUGUGUUGUGCAUGUCCUGCAAAAUACAACACAACUUCAAAUUACUAUUGCUAACUUUGUCAGAUAUGCAAGCUGUACUGGAUGGUUUAGAGCUUUGGCAAAAUGUCUGUAAAACUGAACCGAUGAAACAUUAAAGUCAUCAUGUUGGCAUUUUUCUCUCUUCUUCUGGACCACAAAAUAGUUCCAUCACUUUACAUACCUCCGCCUUUAUACUGCCCACCCUGAAAAGUUUUUGUUAAAAAAUAUAUCUGUGUCCUCUGCUUGCUCACAACUUCUAUGGGAAGAGAAAAAAUAUUGCAGAAAUACACGACAGGUGUGCCAUUCUUCCCAGUGGUGCUGCUCCAACACUGCCCUUUCUCUCCCUCUGACAGCGAGCCACAAACCACACCCAGUUGCCAUACACCUUCAUGCUGCCAACAGAGGAAGUCAGCCAUAGCCAUCUGCGCCCCCAGCCUCUGUACUACCUAAAAUGUUUUUUAAAAUAUGGUGGGGCCUUUGCAACGUGGCAUGGUCUGAACAGACGAUGAAUGGGCACCCCAGCACGUAAUAGCACGAAGACCUGACCAAACACUCUUUUUCCACAGAGUUAUAGUGACGUUCAUGCUCUGACAAUUUCCAGAGUGCUUGCUUCAGCCUCUCAUAUGCGACUUGCCAUCAGUCUGUCCACUGAACCAGAUCUAAGCCAAUUUUCCAUGUGAGGUCAGUCAGGGGACUGGUUAGAGCCACAGAGUUCAGGAUAAACCUCUGGUUGUACCCACCCAGCAUCAGGGACCACCUCACCUAUUUUUUCGCCCUUGGCCACAGGCAGCCCGUGUUGGUAUCUGCUUUGUCCAUUUGUCGAUCUGGGCCACCCCUUCAGAAGAGGCAGCAAGUGCACAGUCCAUUCCUCCAUUGACCACUGGAAUGGUGUUGCUGUCUCCUCAAUCAUCUCCAAAAAGAAAGAUACACCAUUUGCUUCUUUCAUUUUGAAUAUUGUGGAUUUGGCAAAUGGCAUCACUCACCCAGCUGACCAUUUCCCAGACAGCAGCCUCUGCAACACCUAGAUCUGUCUAUGCCCAACUACCUGCAGUGGGUCCAAGUGCUGUCUGGUGACUGCUGCCUUCUCCGUGUGGAUGGCAGCUUCCUCUACCAACAUUUCCUCCAGAGCACUCCCUGUGAAAAAAACUAACACAUUAGUAGAUCAGAUAUGAAAGGUGAAGCCCAAAGAGGUCCCAGUGAUGUAGUAUUCUGAGCUGUUGCCCUCAGAACUGGAAGAGGCUUCAGUAGAACCACAGGUACAUCUCUCUCUCUCUCUCUCCCUCUCUCUCCCUCCCUCUCUCUCUUCAAGGACAAGUGAACGUCAUAACCAUUAUCCAGGAUGAAACAACAAAGAUCCAUGAGUACGUCAGGAGAUGGCCACAGUUUACAUGCUUAGUGAAUACCUCAGCCAGGGG